UAUGUAUCACAAUACUAAAAGGGACAUUCCCUCAACAUAUAUGCUGCCACGUCAGAUUAAAUAUUUGACCAAUAGAAACAUUUUAUUUUUGGGUUUGGGCUUCAUUUUCACGGUGUGCUUCGUACGUAUGGGCUUCGUGUUGGUUUUCAUUUCUGUUGAGGCUUUGUCGUCUAACCUGGCUCUACGGAGACGAAAUCGCAGAUCUCUCCGCCUCUUCCCCAUUUCUAUUCAUCUUCCCCCUUGAGUUCUGAUCAUCUCCUCAUUCACCUUCAGUUUCUUUCCUUUCAAUUUUGCAAUCAAUUUUUUUCUUAAUGGUUUCGUUUCACCUUCCUCCUUUGCUCCUUUAUAUAAAGUUUUUUCACCCGAUCGCAAAUCAAAACCCUAGAUUAAUUCGAAACUCGAUCGAUGGCGAUGAAACCACAUGGGAAGUCGAUUGUCUCCUCCGAUUAUGAUGAAAAAGUCGUGUUCUUCAAAGAUCUCUCGCUGGGUCAUCACGAAUCUCAGUUGCGGUUUCGGCUCAUCCAUUUCUGGGAGGCUUGGAACCCACUGAAGAAGACGCUCAUCGGCAUGGAGAUGCUACUCAUCGACGAAAAGGGAACACUUAUUCAAGGAUUUGUUUCCCCGGGGCGUAUCAAAAAAUAUCUACCCGAUUUGAAGCGAGGAUCUGUUUACAAACUCACUAACUUCUAUGGAUCCAGAAACAAAACUGUGUUUCGUGUUGCUGAUCAUACUGUUACAGUGUCGUUCUCAUGGAACUCGGAACUGGCGGUUCUUCGAGACUGUCACAUCCCUUUCGAUGAAGACAGUUUCCGGUUCCAUUCGUAUGAGGAGUUUCAAGCUAAUUGUGAUCUCAAAGGAGACCUCUACGAUGUUGUUGGCCACAUGAAGUUGGUUAAUGGUCAAAGUAUUGUUGAGGCCCCCGUUCUUGACGAAGUGGAGAUAGCAAAGGCGAGGCGUGUUCUGAUCCAUAUCCAAUCGCAUGAUGGACCGGUCAUGAAGCUAUACCUUUGGGAUCAGGCUGCAAGAGACUUCUGCAAGAAGUUUAAGUCGUACAACCGCACACCCACUGUGUUACUGGUCACGACCGUUAACACGAAGACCCUCGGAGGCACUCUUGCCUUGACCUCGAUGUCGUCUUCGCGGGUGUUCAUGGACUACGAUGUCCAGCCCACCAUAGAUUACUUCGCUUGGUUGGGGGCUAACCCCCAUAUUGCUGAGCAGGUUAAUGCGGAGAUAGUAACCAAACGUGAGACAAUGACUAUAGAGGAAAUAUUCUCCUACAUCAAGCAGGAAACCGCAAAGGAUGCCUUUUUUGAGUGCACGGCUACGAUCGAUGAUGUCGUGCAUGGUUCUUCUUGGUACUACAUUUCAUGCAGUGGGUGCCAUAGUAAGGUGAGCAAAGGCCCAACUUCGUUGAUUUGUACAAACAACAAGUGUGAGAAGGUUAACGUCUCUGGUGUGGCACAGUACCUUUCAAAGAUAUCCGUGUAUGACAACAGUGACCAAGCUGUUUUUGUGCUACUUGGGGAUGCUGGUCGUGAGCUGACUGGGAAGCCAGCAUCAGAGUUAGUUAGAAGCUAUUUUGAGGCUAAUGGGAACGAAGGAGUUAACCAUGAGGCGCCUGUUCCUGAAGCUCUAAUCAGCACCAUUGGUCAGAAGCAUAAAUUUUGUGUCAAAGUUACAGAGCAUAACUUCUCAGGCAAGACACGAUCUCUUACCGUGACCAAGAUCCUCCCUCUAGACACUCCACCAGCGACAGAAUCUUCUGAAGUUAACGAGACUACUGCAGCAUCGGAGGAAAAGUUCAUAAACCAUGUGGGUUCUGCAGAGGGAAGUAAGAGAACUUGUGACGGUACUAAUUUAGAGGAAGCUAAACGCCUUAAGCGUGGGGACUAGCUCUCGCGUGAGUCUUCUCAGAUAUGGAAAUCUGGAUGCUGUUUUAGUGUUUGUGUUUCCAAAUCUAUGCUGCCUCAUGGUUUUUCAUUUUGAGUUUGUGUUUUGAUAGAUAUUUUCAUGACUAUGGUUUUGUUUCAGUUUGAAUUCCCGAGUUUUUUUUUUUGGAUUAUAUGUUAACAGUUAUCACAGUCUCAA